AUGCCACACCCCAAGGCUCAGGCCACGCCAACAGAGCCAGGCGAAUGCACGACGACGGUCACUUACCUUGACGUUGGCUUCACCGGUGACUGGAAACCAACAACCACUAUCACGGUCUACGACAGGACUGUCACCGUCGCGAAACCCACCGACUGCUACGGCUGCGACCACAUUACUUCAACCACGAAGCUCGCUCCCGGGUGGGGUGGUAUCAGACCGUAG